AUACUGGUUUAAGUGUGAGAGUAGUCCAAGUUUGGUUUCAAAACCAACGAGCUAAAAUGAAGAAAAUGCAGAGAAGAAGUAAAACGGAUAAGGACGGAAAACCAGUAGAGAAGGAAGGAAAGAAGGAGAAAGAAGGUCUAGCUGGAGAUGGUGACUCCUACUGUGACUCUGAAGCCUCCCUGGAUGAAUCUUGUUAUGAUAACCUAGAGGAACCACUGUCCCCACCUCAGGACCUUCAGCCACCCCUAGAUAUCAGGCAUCAUGAGGAGGAGAACCUGAGGCUAAAUACUCACCCUGUAUCUUCACACUUCCUUCAACCCAACCCAAUAGACAAGCUAUACCUCAUGCAGGACUCAUACUUCCA